UUUUUGAAUUUCAAUUUGAAUUGAAUCGGUAAUUGAAUUGUUGUUUAUACGAGUGUUAAGACCAACAUUUUGUUUGUUUGUUUGUUUGGUGACCACCCGAUAGAGAGAGAGAGAGAGAGCCGACAUUCCCGACCACUGAUUUGAAUUGUUGGUCGUAUUUUUAGCGGAACCGCCGAUUUUUUUUACUCCCGAAACAAACAGACAAUCAAUCAAUCAAUCAGUAAUGUCCAUCAAUGGCCGCAAAGUUAACGACGGUUUCUAUAGUAAUGGUCGCGAUUAUUGGUCACAAGUGGAGCCGACACUGGACGGCAUGUUAGGCGGCUUUACCACAAUUACUGGCGUCGAUAUUACGGCAUCCAAGAGACUGUUAAAUAAAUAUUUCAAAGAACUGGACAAACGAUCAACUGAUUUGAUCGGUAAUAAGGAUAACGACGACGACAACAAUGGACAACAACAACAACGUGUGACCCGAGCUCUUGAUUGCGGCGCAGGUAUCGGCAGAGUUAGCAAACAUUUAUUACUAAAAUAUUUCGAUUCAGUGGAUCUAUUGGAACAAAACCCGGAGUUUCUGACCGAAGCCAAGACAUACAUCGGUUCAGAAGAUUACAAACGAAUCGGUAAUUCAUACAACAGUGGUCUACAAGACUUUACGCCCGAUCCGGACAUCAAAUACGAUUGUAUUUGGAUUCAAUGGGUAACCGGACAUCUGGCCGACGACGACUUUGUCCAGUUUCUCGGCAAAUGUAAAUCAGCGCUCAACCAAUCGGAUGACGGCAUUAUUGUUGUCAAAGACAAUACAACACAAUCGGAUGAAUGCGAUGACGACACCAACGAUAGUUCGGUUACGCGACCGCAUUGGCUGUUCAUCGAUAUCUUCAAGAGAGCCAAUCUCGAGCUGAUCUGCGAACGAAAACAAUACAAAAUGCCUAAAGGCUUAUAUCCAGUCUAUAUGUUUGUACUCAAAUGAUUAGCCGAUAAUAUCCGAUAUACCCGUUAAUGUCCAAUAAAUUUCCCGAUUGUACUCAUAAUAGCAAAAUUUUUUUUAUUAAAUUAUGUAUUUCAUACACUAAAUAGUUGUAAA